AUGGAAACCAAACACCAAAAGCCCUAUCUCUCUGAACCACUCCUAUUACCAACCUCCCCCUCUUCUCCGCCAGAUAUCUCCACCGCUACCAUCACAUCUAACUCCGAUAUCUUGUUCCGAUUCGCUUGCAUAAUCCUCAUUGGAACAAUAUCAGUAUGGGCAAACUACGAAGCUUCCAAAGGCUUUAGCAUCACAGUUAUCAACGACGCUGCUGACUCAUUUGCUGCCAAACGUUUUUCUCACUUCUACAUCUCUGACGACAAAGCCACACGUAUCAUCUUGGAAACUAGUAAAUUCGUUGAGAACCUUCUCUACCCGAGGGAUUAUGUACAUUAUCAUCAUCAAAGUCGAUUUUUCAAGAAACAUGUCAAUCAUGUGACUCUCCGGUUAGCCAAUCAAAAUAUGUCAACCGAUAUCACAGUAGAGUCACGAGCCAACAAUGAGUAUGUUCUCCACCUGGAUCCUUCAAUCAUGCAACAUAAGAAUUUUAGCCAUGCCAUUGUGUCAGCGAUACGACGUGGCAUGGCUCGUAUUUGGCUAUGGGACGGUCAUGGGACCGUACCACAGCCACUUACGAAUGGCAUGAUUGAGUACCUAAGUAGUAGUUUCCAGCAGGAGCUUUCAAGCAAAAAUUCUUCGGAAACUGACAGGGUGGCAGAAAUGCUGGUUAAUUGUGAGAAUCAAAAUUCAGGUUUCGUCCGACAGUUGAAUCAAGCCAUGAGAGAUCAUUGGCACGAUUCAACCGUUGAUUAUCUAUCAGGUGAUUUAAAAUCUCAUGCCAGUCUCUGCAAUUAUAUAAUUUGA